AUGUCUCUGCCCAGUCGCAUUCUGUACCAUGCGAACACUCUCUUCUUAUUCACAAGGGGGGACAUACGCACAACGAUCAUCCCAAUCACUAUGUUCGCCGCCGCCACCGCACCCGUUUCCUCUGUUUCAAAGCUACUCCAAGUCAUCUUCUGGAUCUGGAUCCACCUCCUACAGUUCAACCUUUCAAACCAGACCAAAGACAUAGAAGAGGAUCAACAGAACAAGCCGGAUCGCCCCAUACCCGCACAGAGGAUUUCAGUGAAAACCGCGGUAACACUUCGAUGGGUACUGGUCCCCAUCUGCUUCGCUUUAUCGGCGGCCUAUAGUUCGCUCGUGCUUGGAGCAAGUGCGUCCAUGGCCGUCCUGACAAUCAUCUACAAUGAACUCCGGCUCUCGGCUGGACACUUCAUCAUCCGUAACUUGCUUGUUGCAUUCGACCUCGCUGCCUUCGAGCUAGGAUCGACCUUGAUAGCCGACCCCUCUCGUCUCGACAGCACGAUGAAGUCAGCCAUCGUGCUCAGCACUCUCGCACUUUCUACGACUUAUCACGCACAAGAUUUCAGAGACGUUCACGGUGACCGCUUGAUAGGUCGCAAGACUCUUCCAAUAGUCUUCCCAUCCAUCGCUCGGCCAAGCGUCUCUUUCGGCAUUUUAUCUUGGACCUUGUAUUUAUGCAUUGCCUGGGAGCUCGACAUCUCCACCGCGGCUGUAUUCUCCCUUGUCGCGUGCAUUGUGAGCGGAAGGUUCGUCCUCUUUCGAGAGGUGAAGGAGGACAAGAUAUCCUUCCACUGGUACAACGUACAUCUAGUUUCUCAUCCUUGUCAUAUGCCUAUGGCUUACACACCAUUCAAAAUGCAGGCGUGGCUUUCGAUCAUGCAUAUCCUACCCGGAGUAUGGAGGCUGAAUGAGUUUAUGGGGCGUACGGUAGACUGA